UCUGCCGGAGGUUGAAAGGAAUCCAUUUGGUAAACGCUGAUAAAGUGACUGAUUUCGCAAUGAAAAUUGUGAAGUUAGGGCUUUCCGAGAAGUUACAGCAGAGGGUACAUGUCCAUCUGCCAGGAUCAACGACGCUGUUUAACCACGUGUCUAAAGAGUACCUGCCAGAUGAACUAGGAGGUACUGCAGGUCCUACCGACAAACUUGCCUAUGAAUUCAUCAGGAUGGCGGAGAAGAAGAGAGACUGGUUCCUGGAGCAAAACCGCUACACCUCGGACGAGAGCAAGAGGCCACCGGACAACCACUACGCCGGCGACUUGUUCGGAGUGUCGGGAUCCUUCAAGAAGCUCUCAGUAGACUGACGCCGUUACAGUUAAUUUAGUAGACUCUGCUUCUUGGUGACAGAAAAUUGUGAUACACACAGAGAACCCGAUCCCCAUCGGCAAAAUUUCAGAGUUUGUUUCUUAUAUUUUCCGAAUAAUUCACUGUAUUGAACCCAUGAUCUCCCUUGGUUCGUUUAAUUGUAUUUCCUUUGAUGCUUUCUUGCUGUUUUGGUCUUUAGUUCGAAGGCUGGUUUGAUACAGCUCUCCACACUAGUGUAUGUUGUGUAAACCUCUCCACCUUUCCAUACCUACAGCAACCUAUGUCCAUCUCAACACUUCCUUCAACUAUAAAAUCGACGAUCCCUUGAUAACGCUGUCUGCGUCAUUUCAACCGAGCCCUUCUUUUACUUCAAUUCUGGUUUUCGGUAAUUAUUCGUCCUACCCACCAAAUCUACAGCAUUCUUCUGUAACACCACACCGCAGAAACCUCUUUUCUCUUCUUGUCUGAACAUUUAAACCUUCACAUUUGAAAUGCGUACAAGGCUACACUCCAGACAAAUUCAUUCAGAAAAGACAUCCUAAAAAGGAACUUUACAUUCAAUGUUAACAAAUUUAUCUUUUUCGUAAAUGCUUCCCCUGAAACUGUCAGUCGCAAUUUUAUGUUCUCAGUGCUUCGACCAUCGACAGCUAGUUUACUGCCCAAAUAGCAAAACGCAUCUACUGUUUCAAUUUCCUUUCCUAAUAUAAUCCGCUCCGCAUCCCCUGAUUUAAUUCCCUGACCAUUAAUUCCCGUUACAAGUAUCUCCACGAUUAACUUUACCGCCUUAAUCUCCAGACUGCAUUAUAUCUGUGAUAGGUUACAACCCUGUCUCACUCGCUCCUAAACUCUCUUCGUGGUGUUAGUCUCUUAUAACUGCAGUCUGGUUUCUGCACAAGCUCUUCGCUACCUGCAUUCAAUUCCAUCUGCCUUCACAAUUUCUUAGCCACACUAUCAAUUUUUUUCUCUAAAUGUAUAAACGCUAUAAAAGUGGUUUGUCUUUAUGCUGUCUAUCUUCUAAGAUGAGUAGUAUAGUCAGUAUAGCAUCGCGUGUUCCUGUAUUUCUCCGGAACCCAAACGGAUCUUGCUCAACUUCGGCUUCUAGCACUUCUGCAAAUAACUCGCAUCAGUAUUUUGUAACCAUGACUUAUCAAGCUGAUGGCUUCCAAAUAUUCCCAUCUGUGAGCACCUGCGUACUGUGGAAAAGGUAUUAUUACUGACAUCUUGAUUUCUCAUCCCACUUUCCCUUCUGCUUUGUAUCUGCACCGAAUUGAAAAUAUCUAGCAAUUAGUAUAAAAGCGAAUGAAUCAUAAUCACAGUAUCACUCUAUAAAUAGAUACCGGAGACCACGGGACCCUUAUACAAAAAUGCUCUGAAAAUGUCCUUGAAAAACCUCUGAAAUUUUGUUUGUGGAUCGUCUUAAUCUGCGCGUGUCUUAAGCAUGUUCUUCUACACGGUCAACGAGAUUCUUACUAGCCCAGUGCAUUGUGCAUGUAAAGCUUUUCUUUGCGUCUGGUAUGAUUCUUGGAGUAAA